CCUCGUACAAUCAUUGUCUAUUUUCGUAAUAUUGUAACAUAUUUUUCAUAUUUUGAAUACAUAUAUUUCAUAUCACCAUGAUACAAAUUUUUUCACCCAAAAUUAGAUCAAUUACACUCUUCUUGUGGCUAUCAUUUGAUUGGUUAAUACUUAAUUGACACUAGCUACAUUGAUAUGCUCUAACGCAGGUUUGGGCAGAGGAGGAAGCUCGACUCUAGGGCCCGGAGGCAGUUCAGGCUUGGGAAGCUCCAGCAUCACAAAACGUUAUGAUAAUUUUUAUGUUUUAUUUAUUGUUAUAAUGAGGUGAAAUUUAUUGUUAAUUAUUUUUUAUUUGCAACGUUAAUUAUAAAGGUUGACUUUCACAUAAAAUAAAGUUAAUAAUGGAGUUUGACGGUAGAUGAUAAUUAUAAAUGAAAUAAAAUAAUUUUAAUAGUAAAUGUGAAAUAUUUUAGUAAACCCAAGUUACCGUAACUUACAAUUUACCCAAUAAGUAGUGGACCAACCUAUUCUCUACCUCUUAGCUUUCUACAAGUUUAACCUAACUAAUAAUUGUGUAUAAGAAGGAAAUGAAGACAUCCACAUUUUGAGAUCCUAAAACCAAGCCGAUCCCAAAGUUUCUCCUAAUGAUUUAUCUCAGUCAAAGACAUUCCCCCAUCUUUUCCGCAUCAAGGCAUCUCAACCCAAAAUAUAUAUAAAUAUAACCUCUCUCAAACCCAAAACAAAAUUCCAAAUAAUACUAAUUACCCCCACAAAGAACACAAUUAAGAAAAAAAUGAUACGGAGCACAAUCUUCUGCAUCCUCACACUCUACCCCAUCUCCUGCAUCCAAGCGACACCGAGCAUCCCAAACAUCCUGGGCAACAACCUCAUCGACCAGACAUGCAAGAAAACCCCCUACUACGACCUCUGCAUCCAGACCCUCGUCUCCUGCCCUGAGUCCUUCCACACCGACCUCGAGGGCCUCGCCAAGAUCACGGUGGGGGCCAUCGCCCAGAAGGCCUCCGCCGCCCUGCGCCGAAUCGAGACCAUACUCACCAAGAAGGAACAUUCCAAGCCGGCGGUCAGGGAGGCUCUGAAUGCGUGCGCCUCAAGGUACCGUGCUGUGGUGGAGCAGGACGUCCCCGAGACGCUCAUGUCGCUGAGGACAGGGAACUACAAGUUCGCCAGCCGGGGGACGAAUGAUGCUGCCACGGAGGCCAUGUCGUGCGAGGAGGAUUUCGCAGCGGGGGAGUCGCCCUUGUCCGACUUGAACGUGGCCGUGCAUGACGUGUCCGUCGUGGCGGCGGCCAUCGUUCAGGCUGUGAUAGAGAGCUGAUGGAGUUUGGGGAACUUGAUUUUUUUUUCUUUUCUUUUGUUGCUUUUUUUUGUGAGUGUUCUUGUUUACUGAUUUGGUGUUUGAAGUUUUGAUUUUGGAUUAUUUUGGUUUGUUUGUUUGUUUGUAGUGAGUAGUUUUGUUGUGUUCAUGACAAAUUAUCAUGCAUGGUUGGUGUGUUUGCCUAGUUAAAUGAAUUUCUUUCUGGUUUUGGCCUCUUGAGUUACGUUGUUGGUUGGAAUUCUUGAUUUGCUAUGUUGGACAUGAUUUUGGAUGGUGAAAUCUUGAGAUGGGUUGAAUUACUUUUAUUUAUGAAAAUGUGUGCAAUAACGGAACGGAUAGUAAAACCAUUCACAAAAUCACGUAACGAUCACUAACAUACGAUGAUCAAAGAGAGCAACAACAACGUUGUGUACUUGGUGGUAUAAAGUGUCCCUUAUGAG